GCUACGGUUUGACAAUGACAACCAGUGUGAAGUUUGCGUUUACUGGCGGCCCAUACUUAUAUAGUUAAAGAGUUUCCCUCUGUUUAUACUGUGUCUAUGGCUAUCUAUUAUGGUGUAUUAUGGUAGUGGCUGUGCACGUUUUGUUUCUCUGUGUUAUAUUGGAGCAAAUAAUUCCCACUGUGUCAGUUUUUUAUUGCAGAAAAUAUGAAGCUUCUUACGCACAAUAUGUUAACAUCUAGAGCUAUGAAAGGGGUGACAGUCGGCUAUCCUCUGAAAAUAGUCGCUCGAGACAUCAGAGUAUCCGAAGUAGAUUUUAAUCCAGAAUAUAUCGCUAGGAUAAUUCCAAAAUUGGAUUGGACAGUGCUAUGGAAAGCUGCCGAAAGCAUAGGACAUGUCGGUGAAUUACCUCAGAUUCUAAUAGAGGACUUCGAGACAAAUGAAGAUUUUCUAAAAAAGACUCAUCAUAUUUUGUUGGAAGUCGAAGUUAUAAACGGAGAUUUAUUGUGUCCCGAAUCCGGCAGAAAAUUUCCUAUCAACGAUGGCAUUCCAAACAUGCUUUUAAACGAAGAUGAAAUUUAAAUAACAGAACCAAAUAUUUUAAGAAUAUUAUUAUUACCAUUGUAUCUCUAGUUAUAGUUAUUCUACAUCAUAUUGUUCCUUUAAUUACUUAAUAUUAUACACACACAUUCACACACACAC